AUGGAGGAGCAGCGGGAUCUGCACAGCACGGAUAGCAGCGAGGGAGAGAGCGUGUCCCCGUCCCCGAGCCUGCCCUCCCCGCCCAUACUGCCUCUGCAGGUCGCUCAGCAGGCCCACAGAACCACCAACUUCUUCAUUGACAACAUUUUACGGCCGGAUUUCGGCUGUAAGAAGGACCACGGCUCCCGGGAAAGGGCGCACACCUCGUCCGGCCGGGAGCGCGUCCACUCGGCGGUCACCGAGGAGAGGACUGUCGGAGGGGAGAACACCUCUUCCUCUUCUUCCUCUUCCUCCUCCUCCUCCUCCUCCUCGCUGGUGGUGCUGAACGGCUCCACCGGGGCAGCAACACCGGAGAGCCAGCCGCUGCUCUGGCCCGCAUGGGUCUACUGCACCCGGUACUCGGACAGGCCUUCAUCUGGCCCAAGGACACGGAAACUGAAAAAGUCGAAAAGUGGCAAAGAGGACAAGAGGCCUCGCACCGCGUUCACGGCCGAGCAGCUGCAGAGACUGAAGACGGAGUUCCAGGUGAACCGGUACAUCACGGAGCAGCGGAGACAGUCUCUGGCUCAGGAGCUCAACCUCAACGAGUCUCAGAUCAAGAUCUGGUUUCAGAACAAGCGAGCCAAGAUCAAAAAGGCCAGCGGCUUCAAAAACGGGCUGGCGCUGCAGCUGAUGGCGCAGGGACUGUACAACCAUUCCACCACCACCAUCCAGGAGGACAAGGAGGACAGCGACUAG